GUUUCGCGUGCCUCUAGGGGAGGUUUUCCCUAUACGGGAUCGUCGAGGUAUCGUGAAAGGUCCCAGGCAGCGGUAGUAGCGACCCGGGCCUCUGCGGGAUGAGAUAUUACAUGACAGAAAGAUAACGUACGAUAUUUUAAACCACGUCGUCGAGAACGUGGAUUAAGCAGAGAUAACGCUCGGGGGAAGAAAAGAAUAAAAAAUAUUAUAUUUUAUCCUCCCGUCCCCCCCGCCGCCGCCGUCUCCUCCUCCCGCCUCCCGUCCUCCCCCCCCGCGUUGAGAAGUUUAUGUUAUUUUCCGUCGAAAAUCUCAUUUUACCAGGUGUGUGAGAGAGUGAUCGGUAUCGUACGGUUGUUAUCACUCGGAUCACCGAACCGAAUAUAUCAUUCAUUUUUUAUCCGGUUUGUUGUGAGGACGGAAACGGUCUGUAAUACCUUCGCCGUCCCUCGUCGACGAGAAGAUUUUGGUGAUCGGAGGCACAAACUUGUCAACUAAUAAAACAGAGUGAUGAGUUCUGGAACGAGAUUAUUCCUGGCCCUCUACGUUAUUAAUACCGUCACCGCAUCCGGUGGACACCAAGUCACUUCUACGCCAGCUCCUGUAGGACCCGUGUUUGCUGCUCCAGUUGGCAAUCAGACUGCAGCCAUCGGUCGUGAGGCUGUUUUUACCUGCAGUAUCCGCAACAUCGAGAAAUACAAGGUGGGAUGGCUUCGUACUUCCGAUCGUACGAUACUCUCCGUUCACGCGCGAACGGUCACACACAACACGCGAAUAUCCGUGUCCUAUGAAACAGGGGGCGGCGGGGGUGUCGCCGGUGACUCGGGGAACUCCGGUUCCAACCAGACAUCGGACGAAGGGAAAAUAGGCACUUGGCGACUCCACAUACGACACCUAAAAGAGAGCGAUCGAGAUUGUUACAUGUGUCAAAUUAACACCAGCCCAAUGAGAUCGGAGGAAGGAUGUCUGGAUAUCCUGGUUCCUCCCGACAUCGUUUACGGGGGCGAGACCAGCGCUGACCUUGCUGUGUCGGAGGGUGAUAACGCGACCUUGACGUGUCGAGCGACCGGUCGUCCGGCCCCCCGAGUUUCGUGGAGGCGAGAAGACGGCGAACAGAUUCUAAUCAGGUCACCGUCGUCAACAUCUUCAGGUGUAGCGAGCUUGACGAGGCACGAUACGUUCAACGGAUCGUCGCUUCAAUUUCAUCGCGUUGAACGAAAACAAAUGGGAGCGUAUCUUUGUAUUGCAAGUAACGACGUACCUCCGGCAGUCAGUAAACGAGUUACUUUGGCAGUAAAUUUCGCACCCGCAGUCAAAGUACCCAACCAAUUACUUGGCGCACCAUUAGGAACCGACGUCCAACUCGAAUGCUACGUAGAAGCGUUUCCGAACACUAUAAAUUACUGGCUAAAACAUCGCGGUGAAAUGUUACUAGACGGGCCUAAAUACAGCAUUAGAGAAGAGAGAUCGGGAUACAGAGUUCUGAUGUGGUUACUCAUCAGACGAUUUACUCAAGAAGACGUCGGCACGUAUAAUUGCGUGUCGACCAACAGCCUCGGCAAGGCAGAAGGGACGUUAAGACUAUAUGAAAUAAAAAUCUUCGGUAUCGACAUGGGUGGACGAGCGAACGAUCACAUUUCCAUACACGGAGGCUUAGCAGAAGCUGCGCGAGGAUCUGGCGCCGCAAGACGCGGUGGCGCGUACAUGAAAAUGAACACUUUUCACAAAGUUUGCUUCGUGUUAUUAAUUCUGUUACCACAAUUCUGGCCCCGGUGAAUGCGUUACUUGUUGCAUAACAGUAAAAAAAAAAGAUACAGCUAAAAACCAGGGUACGCCGCAGAACAGCUAAUCGAUAAUUGUGCCAAACCAAAAAUAAAUAAUAAAAAACAAAAAAACCCAAAAAAUGAUUAAAAAGAUAAAUAAAUUAAUAAGUAAAUAAAGUAAUGAGAAUAAUGAUGAUGAUAAUAAAUUUUAAACGGGGAAUGAUUUAAAUGAUGAAUCAAAAGUGAAGGUCUAAUCCUGAGCCAAAUUGAAUAGUCUAUAGCGCGAAAAAGAUUUUAACGAUUAAAAUAAAACGCGGUAGCCUAAGGUGCGAUCGUCGAUCAACUUCGAAUGUCGCUCGGAUUAUUGGGAAAACCAAAGUUCAAUGUUUGUGACGUCAACGCGAGAUAAUAAGAAAUCAAAUGCUUGAAGGGUAAAAACAAAAAAGGAGAAAAGAAAAACAAUAAAUAAAUCAAUGAAUAAAUAAAUAAUGGGGAAGAAAUGCGUCAAAAGUAAAGAUUGAUAACUUUACAUAUAUGUGUAUUGACGCAGCAUUGAUUUGCUGACAUCUAACAUAUACAUGCAUAUAUCUGUUAAUUAGUGUUUUCCAUUGAGUCAAACUGUGCCCAUAUUCAGUUGUCAAUUUCUUCUGUUAUUCACUUAUUCUGUCUGCAGCACGAAUAAUUAUUUCUUACAUGACUGAUGUGAAUUUCUAGGUGAAGAAAAAAGUGAUUGAUAUAAAACGAUAUCAAAAUCGCUAUCGCAUAGUUGGUUACAUCGAUUUUUUUAUUUCGUUUUGUUUUUUUGUACAAGUGGAGAGGAGAGUCAAGAGCGAAUGAUUAUUCGUGCGAAACAACCGAAACGAAAUUGACAUAUUAGUUAGCGUACGGGGCCACCUGAGUUAUUGUCAUUCCAACUAUUAGAUUUAGUUAGUUAUUACGAUAAAUGAUCAUACGUCGAAUAAAAUUAUGGGGGGGGGGGGGGGGGGGGGGGGGGGGCAAAUUGUAAUAAUUUUCACUCGAAAGUACUGAAUUGAAAAUAUCACCUAAACGUAUAGAUGAUCAUUUUAAAUGCCUCGAGUUUUGAUGAGGUGAUUUUUUUUUUUUCAAAUGCGAUUUUUAUUGCUUAAGUUCAGUGCUUCAGUAUUAAAAGUAUAACAUUAUACCUUCCGAAAAAUACUCGGCUAUAUUAUAAUCAAUUUUCAUACAUAUCCGACCUUACAUAUCAAAGUUUUCUGUUCCUACACUCGGAUCAUAUCGUUUAAUAAAAAUGUGAUUUCGUACAUACCUACUGAACACCGAAACUGGCAACUUUGAAUACAUUUCUACUGAAGUCGUCACUUGGAAAGUGAAUAUUUGUUUUUUUUUCAAAAGAAUUUAAAUUCAUUUGUGAUUCAAAUUUCAAUCGACUAGUCGUCAAACUCAAAGAUAUCAUGGAGAAAUGUGUUGGAAUUAUUUUCACUUCUUACUUUUACAACGGAAAUCUUUCACUCGAUGUAAAUAGGUCGAAGAUCUGUAGAUUUUAUGAAUGUAUACCUCGUGAUUCAUCUCACAAUUGAGAUGGAUGAAUCAACGAUGAAUAAAUAAAGUGAAAGAAUGAGGCUGUAAAUGCUAAAUUGCAAAUCGAAGUUAGGCGUAAUUUUCGUGUGAGAAUUGUAAUCAGUAAUCGUUUCAACCUAAUAUACUAAUAUCAUUCCAUUAUGAUAGAUUUAAGGGAUUUUUUUGUAACGAUGAAACAAAAAUGUACGGUAUCGAUAUGUUUAAAAAAGAGAAAAAGAAAUCGAAAUUUUUUUAUUCAAAACACAGGGAAACCCCAGGAUUGCAUCCCAGAAUUUCGUUGAAAAUUUUCAUAUUUCCAAACUAUUGUUAUGCUCUAGUCAACAUUAUCACCCUCAUUGCCAUUCAUUGUUAUGAGAAUUUUUCUUUGAAUAAAUAAUCAUUUGUGCAAUAACAUUUCUAGCAAAUACGAUGGUAUUUGGUACCACGUACCGAUCGUAUGUAUCUUGCAGCGCGAGCGAAUCGGCUCAAUUUAAGAAGUUAAACCUAUCGCAUAUUCUGUGGGUAAAAAUGAAAGCUUUAUUUUUAAUAUUAUAUCGUAAAAUGUAGCAAAAUAUUUGACAGUUCUUGAUUAUACAGUAUGGAAGAAAAAUUUACUAUUCAAUAAAUGAAUUGGACAAAAAAUUAGA